CAGAUUGAUCGUACCCAUCCCUGGAUUUGAGAUUUGAUGCAGAAAUCAGCGGAUACGUGAGACACUGGAGUGGACGAAACAGAACAACAGCCAAAGUAUCGACAACUACACCAACGGGGAAUCGACAGACGGGAGAAUUCCAAGAUCCAAUCUGACAAGUUUCAACAGCGAACUCUGAGUGUCUUGGGGGGCUUGCCGUAAGAUUCUUGGAUAGUUCGAAAGAAGAUGAUAUUAACACACCAGGGAAGAGAAAUCGCCUCCAUCGACAAGUUUCCGACGGUCCAGCUGUCACUCCUAGCAAUAUGUCGUGUCGCCGAGCCCAUCGCCUUGACCUCCAUCUUCCCAUAUUCGUGGGUGAUGGUCAAGGACAUGAACGUUGCGGAUGGCGCUGAUGCCUCGUUCUAUGCCGGGAUCCUCGUCUCUGCCUUUUCGCUUGCAGAGGCACUCACCGGGAUGUUUUGGGGAAGCUUGUCUGACCGAAUCGGUCGCAAGCCCGUUCUCCUCUCUGGUUGUCUUGGCACCAUAUUAUCCCUGCUGGUCGUUGGGUUGGCUUCCAACUUUUGGAUUGCACUCGCUGGCCGCGCUCUGGGGGGGUUUCUGAACGGAAACAUUGGUGUCAUUCAGACUAUGGUUGGAGAAUUGGUCAAGAAACCGGAGCACGAACCCCGUGCUUAUGCUAUCAUGCCGUUUGUCUGGUCAAUUGGCACGAUUAUCGGGCCAGCGAUUGGAGGAUUACUCGCAAAGCCCACCGAAGGCUUUCCCUCCGUAUUCUCCCCCACUGGUCUUUUCGGCAGGUUCCCUUACCUUCUCCCGAACCUGGUUUGUUCCGUCUUACUCCUCUUUAGCAUUAUCAUCAGUUGUUUCUUCCUUCAAGAGACCCACCCUGAUAUGCAGCCGUGGAGUGUAACCGAGGAACACCACAACACCAACACAUCACCGGAGCAUCCUCUUCUAGCAACUGCAGGCGCUACUGCCAACGCAGGCGCAGACUUGCGAGCCGAAUCCUACGGCACCUUCAAUCAGGUCCAUCUCCAGGAAGACAUAAACUGGACAGUGCACCCCGAUGGGUCAAAAUCGGAAUCGGUUGCGCCGAAACCAGCACUGUUUACCACGAGAGUGACCAUGCUCAUCAUUGCAUUGGCAAUUUUCACAUACCAUUCCAUGACCUUCGAUCAUCUUUUUCCCAUCUUCCUCCAGGAUAAACAUGUGAAGGACAACUCCAGUUUCGCUGGCGGAGUCGGUCUGUCGACCCGAACCGUCGGCCUGAUUAUGUCGAGCGACGGCAUCAUCGCCCUCGUCAUUCAAGCCGUCAUAUUUCCUAUCCUAGCAGAGUACCUCGGGAUCUGGAAGCUAUUCGUAGCCGUGACGGCUCUACAACCCCUGACCUAUCUCAUGGUGCCUUUCCUCGUCUUGCUUCCCGAUUCCUGCUUGUUUCUAGGGAUCUAUAUCUGUCUGGGCACCCGCAACAUUCUGUCCAUCAUCGAGUACCCCGUCCUAUUGAUCCUGAUCAAACAAGCGAGCCCCUCCGACUCCGUCCUAGGCAAGAUCAACGGACUUUCCGCAUCCGCCGGGGCUGCUUCCCGUACCCUUGCCCCUCCCGUUGCCGGGUAUCUGUACAGUCUUGGUGCAGAGAUGGGGCUCACCGUGCUUGCCUGGUGGGGGAGCGCGUUUGUCGCUGUUCUCGGAGCCGCUCAGCUGUGGUUUUUGCAGGAAAAGAGACAUGCUUCCGUCACGGUGCAGCCGGCUGUGCGCUAUCACUCUAUUGGGGGUGAAUCCCAGGCACUUCCCAAAGAGACUGUUCAUAUUCUUGUGACGGACGCUAAUACUGAUGCCAAUCACGGUCUUGUCCAGAACGGAGAGAGGACGGUGCAUUCAUACUAGAACCUAUGGAAGGUUUAGGAGUGCAUCUUCAAAAAAAUAAGAAUGUUUAUGUUCAUAAAAUUUGCAGCGUGCAGUUCAUUGGCGCAGAGGGAAAAUAGGAUAAGUGAUAAGGUGAAAAUAGCAUGCUUAUAAGAUAAUAUACAUGAUAUUUAGUGAAAAUAGCAUGCUUAUAAGAUAAUAUGCAUGAUAUUU